AUGGCUCGUCGAAUGUUCGUUUGCUGUUUUUUUUGUAUGCUGUAUGUUUUCGUCCCUUCCUGGGUUUGCCCGCGUGGUCCAUCUCCACCAAAAAUGCCAACUCGGUGCGCAUUGAGACGUUUGACUGUUGUGGCCGCUGGUGGGCGUGCCCCAUCUGAUCGAGAGAAGGAAAUUCAGCAGUCGCAGGAGAAGCAGGGCCUGGUGAGUGAAUACAAAACGGAGUACCUCAUCGCAUUGGUUGCGCUGUCGCAAAUCAGUCAGUACUUCGUGCAGCAAAACGUUCCAGUGCAGGAAGAAGAGGAGGACACAGAAGCGGUUUGGGUGCGUCGCGAGGCAGCUCGGAUGCGCCAGAUUGCGAUUGGCAAGGCUCGACCUGAAUAUCGUCGCUACAUUGCUGAGGUGCCUGUCAAUCUCCGAGAGCCGGUGCAUCCCAGCACUCCUAACCCCAAGGAUCGUGUGUCCAAACGCCAAUUUGAUCGUGCAUUGGGAGAUUGGCGUCGACGGUUGCACGAGUUUGACGCUGAGUUGGGCUUUGACGAGACCAGGCCACCAUCUGCAGAGGGGCCUGUUCAGCCAGGAGCAAUGAGUCGCACUCCGACACAUACGCCCGGCCCUUUUGGAGGCGAAGCAUUUUUGCCACGUCAUGCCGUACCUCCACCAAAGUCGCCACCUCGGCCACAAGAGAAGCUUCCUGCCACUGUGCCUCAGGUGUCACCUUCCCUGGUGCCGCAGCAUCCUCCUCCCUCCCAACCGCCAAUGAUGGAUGGAGGCGUGGUUCAACUGCACCUCGCUGAUCAACUGCCGGCACCCAUUCCGCAAGCACCGCAAGGGCCAGCGCCCAUGCAGGCACAUCCUGAGCCACCACAUGUCAAUGUGGACUUGGCGUCCGCUGCAGCGAUUGGUGUUGCUGCAGCAAUGACUGCCAUUUUUCGUGGCCAGCAUUGUGCACCAUGCGGAUGUGCGCCGCCUACGUGGAACUGUGAAAUGCAAUGCGAUCCCAACAUGAUGUAUGUGCCACAUAUGGAGCCAGGAGUCCCAAUGAUGUGUGAUGCCGCUUCGAGCAGCUUUAUGGCGCAGCCAAUGAUGAACGUUGCCCCAGAGACUCCGCUCCGUGGACGUCAGAUGCCAAUGGAUGACGGUGAGACGCCACCGCCCGUAUGCCCAUUUUGGACCCAGGCAACCCAGGCAAAUUCUGAGAACAAUUUCGUCCCGUUUCAGAAAGCAGUGCUUGGAGCAGUCACGGAGGAGUGUGAGCGUGGAACGAAGCUCACAUACGAGGACGCAAUGUCGCCAUGCUCUGGAAAUCGCGGACAGCACUUGAGCGUCCCCAAGGAACCGAUGCCGCCCAUGACACCACCGCGUGACACCCGGCGUGCCGCAGUCAGUCCAUCUUCUGUGAUUCAAACGCCAAAGCCUGGUUGGGUUGUGGAGACUCCUUCUCCAAACAGUUGGCUGUCUCGCAAUUUCGAUCCUUCAUGGUGA